CCAUACACAUUCUGAGCUCCAGGUCUCUCACCUGUUGACUCACGGUUUUGGUGAAACUCUUUUCGAGAAAUCAAAAUGGAGGAAUGACUUGUUUCAACACAACAGUGAAUAGGCUACUAUAACAUAUUUUCUCUUCUAAUACCUGGAUUAUUCGUAAUUUAACUUUUAUUUUGUCUUGAUCCUGGUAGAGGUUAGGCUAAGCCUACCUAUAAUGUACCACAAAAUGAGGCUGCUGGCGCUGCUUAUUUUCACAGUGUUCUUCACAAGCUGUACCAUGGCUAUUAAUGUCCAGUGCCCAGUGAAGAGAUAUGUGGUCAUCUUGUUCCAGCCUGUUACCCUUCAGUGCCAGUAUCAGACAUCAGACCAGAACCCCCCUCUGAUCACAUGGAAGUACAAAUCUUACUGCAGGGACCCAAUUGAGAUGGCACUGAACCCAAGUAGUUCUGAUAGUGCUCUAUCUCAAGCCAAUCCAAAUUAUGAUCCAGUGAUUGAGUGUCCUGACAGCCAGCGGACAGUGCGCAUAGUAGCAUCCAAACGCAUCUCUGUCACACUUGGAUCAGAUUAUCAGGGCCGAAGGAUCAGCAUCAUAAAUAAUGCAGAUCUAAAUAUUGCUCAGACUGCAUGGGGAGACAGUGGUGUGUAUCUGUGUUCUGUGGCCUCUGACCAGGAUCUCACAGGAAAUGGAGAGUGUUAUACAGAGCUCAUCGUGCUUGAGAGAAAGGCAAAUACUACAGACCUCCUGCCUGGCAUUGACUUACUGGUCAUGGAAGAUAAGCUGCUGGUUGCCCUGGUGGUAAUAGGCUUCUUCUUGUUGUUGCUCCUUAUUGGUAUCUGCUGGUGCCAGUGUUGCCCUCACACAUGUUGCUGCUAUGUGAGCUGCCCCUGUUGUCCGGAGCGCUGUUGCUGUCCCCGGGCAUUGUAUGAGGCAGGAAAAGCAGUCAAAUCUGGUGUGCCUAGUCAAUACGCACCAACCCUGUAUGCACCCAGCAUGUAUGCCCAGCCUGUCCAUGGAUUUGGAGGAAACACGCCAGCAAUCCCAAUGCUACCCAUGCCUCAGGGUAUGGGCAUAGCACCACCAACCAACUUCGUCAGUGACUAUGAUCGUGCCAGCUCAAUUGGGCAAGAUUCUCAAGUACCUCUGCUGCAGGAUCGUGAUGGUAGUGGCCAAACUCGCAGUGGUUAUCGCAUCCAGGCCAAUCCAGAUGGGAAUCCCACACGUGUCCUUUAUUACAUGGAGAGAGAGCUAGCAAAUUUGGACCCCAGCCACCAAGGAAAUGCAGCAGGCAAAUACAACCGCUUGGAUGGAAUGAGUGUGGUGAGCUCUCUGCAUGAUGCAUCUGAACCUCGCUCACAUGGGCACUCAAGGCCACCACAGCUGCACACCCAUUAUGACGACGUGGAUGACAGAAUGAGUACCAUAAGCAGUGUGUCCCAGCACUACCAUCCAAGGCGCCACAAUGAUUCCCCAAUGAACCAUGGCGCUCGAGGCCGUGCCCGUUCCAUGGACAAUCUAGAUGCAAUUCACCCGCACUCCAGGGCUGAUGACUAUCCACAAAAUUACAAGUCUGAAGCCAGAGGUGGCCGAAGGGGCUCAGAUGAUGGACGAAAUCGUGACUACAGUCGUGACGAUGACCGCCAUUACCACCGACAGAACAACUCCCCUGAUGAUCAUCAAGGCAGAAAUAGAGGUCGUGGUGCUGGUUUCCAGAAUCGUCGUAGUCGUAGUCGUGAUGAUCUGACGGACAUAGGGUGGAGUGGCAGAAGGGAUGAAUAUGAUGACCAAAUUCUGCGCGAGGCUCUGGAGAAGAAGAAACUUGGGCCACCACCGAGUGCACGUAGUCGUGACCGUUUGGACAACAUUGGCGAGAAAGGCAAUUAUGGACCCCCACCAUUGCCUACAUCUCCUCCAUCUGGUUACCCUGAGCAUUUCCCUCCUCCCCUACCCUAUGAUCAAGAGAGUACAGCAUCUUCCAAGAAGAGCAACCUGCGCAAGAAUGGAGCAGUGAGUCGUGAAAGCUUGGUUGUGUGAGAUGGCCCCUGUGGAGUUUGAAGUCUGGCUUCGUCUAAUUUUUCAGGAUGUGAGGAUUAUACUCUGGGAAUUCCUGGACAAAAGGCUCAAAAAGUCUGUCUGUGAUUUAAAAACCUGGCAUGGUUGAGUUAAAUGUUAUCCUUCACAGCUUAAUUUGCUUGGGAUAUACUAUAAUAAAUAUAAGUGUGUUUGCAAUAUUUCCAGCGAAACAUGACAUACCUGUUAUCUUAUUGCAACUUUUUGAUACGUGGCUGUAUAUUACAUCUGUGACAUUUUUAUAAACACUAUUCGUAACAAAUUUAUUUGAUGGUGUGGUUUGAAAUUUGGUAAAAUACUUACAUUUUCAAGACUCAUCUUUGACUUGAAAAAAAUAAAUAAAUAAAUAUUUGCUUUGCAGGUAGGCUAGAUGUUUUUGCGUUUGGCUUCAUGUUAAAAAAUCAUGGAUGCUGUGGAUGAAUUUUACAAAAGUACUCUGGUCAUUUUAACAGAUACAUGGCAAGUGUUGGAUCUUAUGCUCAAUGAUAUUUUGAAAAUCACGCGUAAUGUAAUAAACGCAUAGCACUGAGUAUCUCUUCUAAUCGCUCAGGGUUGCGUUUUCCAAACAACUACUGUACUGUACUAACAUUUUUACUAACAUGGUGCAAAGAAUCAUUACCCAAAACAUUGUACUAACUUAAGUUUGAACUAUGAUAGUUUUCAAACGUCAGUAGUCUGGAUAAACAUGGUUAAUGUUAUAGUAACAAGUGGAGUGGCAUACCUGCAAAUAUGAUGGACUAUACCUUAGUUUCAUCUGUGAAUCAUCUCAGUUAUUUUUAUUCAGGGUAAUCAAGUUAAUUCAUUGGUUCAUACAGGCUGACCUUGUAAAUGAAUAACUGCUGAAUUGACUGUUAAAUGUGUCAUUUAAAUGUGCUGGUGAAACAGUUGUGUAUGCCUCUUGUUAUUUACUCUCUAUUCACCUGUGCAUGGCAUCAGGCUGUGGUGCAGUGUGUCAGGGCUGAUGAUACAGUCUACCACAUAUGAUGGUCACUUGUCCAAGAGCUUUAAAGUAGAGAUUUUGACUACAAUUUUCUCACAACUGUUUACCUUUAAGUAUUGUGCAGACCAUAAUUAGUUCCUACACCAUAACAAACUUAAUAUCAUAAUUAAUCACUUUCAUAUCAAGGCUACAUAUUCUGAAGUACUGAUUGAUCAAAAGGUGUGGAGGUGUAGCUGUGUGACUUUGACUUGCGUGUACGUUGCUGCAAAUCUACUUUUAAAUAAUACAUUUUCUGCUUAAGACAUUUAAAAAUACAUUUGUAUGGUGAUGCGAAGUGUAAAAAAUCAACCUUAAACCUGGAUGCAUUUCUAAUGAUAGAAUUGCACACAAAUAGGCUAACUGACAUUAGCAAUGUCUUCGACACGAAGAUCCCCAGAGCUAUGCUUCUACCAUAGAUCAAAAGGUGUAGUUCAAACUACUGUACAUGAGGCAAUUGCUUUGUUGCUAGCUUAGCCAUUGUUUAGAGAUACUGUAAACACGUAACCUCCCCAUUGCCGUGCCAUCAGCACCUCUGGUUUUAUCUGCUCCUGCAUUUUACAGUUUUUCUCAAAUGCUAAAACACAUUUCACCAACGUUUCCUCCAUGUUCCCCAAUGUCUAAACACAAUACCCUUUUCUAAAGCUACAUAAGCACAACCACACCUUCUCACUUCAAAACUCAAACUUUCACACCAAAAGAGCAGCUCGAAGCUUUCAGAAAUGUAAACACUAUAAACAUCAUUACACACUACAGCAAAACAAUUGAAAACACAUUGCUCAAUUUGUGAGAAGGUUCUUUGUUUCCUAACUGCCAAUGCAUAUUUUUUAAAACUUUAGAGUAACGGAUCUUCUAGAUCUCUGCAGAGGAUUAGGCAUUUGAAGAGUUCUUUUCCAAAACGCUAUAUCCACCAUUUUACUAAUGAAUUUUCAUAAACAUAUUUUUUAAAUUUUGUUUUUCAAGUACUCUCAGUGAAACUGUUUUGGGUUAUGUUUAGUUACAGUAAUUUAUCUUUACUCAAUAAAAACAAAACAACUGCAUUUUUAUUACCUGAAACAUACAAUUACUGUAAAUACAGUAACAUGAUUUGUUACAGUACAGUAAUGUCUAUAAAAUGGAUUUAUAGCGUUUUGGAGAAGAGCUCUUCAUUUAGAGUUGUGAGUUUCAUAUGAAGAGUACAGAAAAUUCUCCAAGUACACUACUGUAACACAACUCAAUGCAAAAAAACAGAAUCUAUUGCACACAACAGUACACAACAGAAAACGUGAUCAGGGUGUGAAGUUCUUUUAUUUUCUUCAUUCACACCCCACACACACACACCACAGUCACUGUGCGCAUUAGUAACAAGUGUCUUCAUUUUUGAGUCGUUGUGUGUAAUGAAUGACGCCAGGUGUGUUCAUUGUGUUCAGUUAUUGCUGACUGUGGCAAGCAUUUUGCAUCACAGGAGUUUUCAUUUGAGAAUAUGUUUUGCAACAUGUGUUUUAGCAGGGAAAAAUGUGCUUAGAUUUAUGAGAACGGAGGAUUGUGUUUUGUGAAUUGUGUCUUCAUGUGAAAUGUGUUUAUGGUAUUGAAAAAUUGUGGCUAGAUUUAGUAAAUGUGUUUAGACCACUGGUCAUUUGGUUUAAAGGAUUGGCAUUUGUGUUUUAGCAUUUGAGAAAAACUGUACCUUGAUCUCAGUUACUGUGUCUUCAAAAGUUUUUGUAUUAGCCACUAGAGGGCACUUUCUGUCUGUUUUAGCUUAGUCUUGACACAGAAAGUUUAAGGAAAGAUAAGAGUGGUUUUAUCCCAGAAAUAGACCAACAUUAUCCCCUCUACACAAUUGUAAAGCCUUGUAUGCUAUUCAUUUCCAAGAAUUUAUUUGAAUGUGUGGAUUAAAUGCUAAAAUCACAUGACAAAAUGGCACAACUCUUCUGCUGUUCCUUCUUGGUAGGUACGUGGUGUCUGUCACACAGGUUGCAAAUAGUCAAUAUCCCCACUGUAGGCUAUACAGAUAAGCCUUAAGCUAUUCUAUCUAUCAUGCAGCUUGAUUGCAUGUGUCACCCAGGGUAAUAUAAAACCACAUUUUAUUCUGCUCCUUACUAUCUCAAAGGUUGGGUAUGGAAUUUGCAAAACGGCCAGCAGAUUUUGAAAAUACACAACUGAUAGUCCCUCCCUCCAUUCGAAGAACAUGGAUGUGCAUUCAUGCAUGAGCGAGAAUUCAGAAUGCCAGGCUAGGCACUCUUGAGCUGUAAAUUGAAAUGCCAGCCUGGCGUCUGUAGACCUACAGCACACCACACAAUUGCUCACAUCAACUUCCCCAAACAGGUUACUUAACUAGUUUUACAUUCUUUAUUCACCUCCAGAGGUUGUAGGUAGUUCCCCAAAUCCCCAAAUUAGGCAGAUGAUUUUAUACAUUAUCGUAAAAGCACCAACUAGGCUACCACCCCUUUCAGAAAUUCUAAAACAACGAUGCUCUUUUAAUACACCAAAAUAACAUUUGAUAAAUUAACCUUGCAUUCAGUAGCCAUAGGUGUGUAUAUUUGAAAAGAAUCUGGUUUGGCUCUUACCGGGGCUUUUACCUCCUGAAUUAUCCGAGUUUAGUGCUGGCCCUGUGGUUUGCCUACUUCACUGUAGCUCCAAGCGGUUAAGUUUCGGUUUCAGGUUUACAACACUCUUCGAGUCAUGGUAAAAUGUCAUUUUUGCUACACAGCUUAUUUAUUGUGUGGGUGCUUGAGUUUCCGUAGGAAUCCGCUGAAUUAGUUUGUAUAGAAAUUAGGUGACACAUACAACAAGAGGGGAACAUAGGGGACGUGCAGUAGGCCUAGUUGGUUUCGUUUUAGCACUGGCUCGCAGCUCACCAGCUUUGAGUAGGCUAAGUGCACGAAAUGGUCGUGGAAGGAAGAGGAGUAAGACCGUUAGAUUGACGAACGAGUUUUUCGAACCCUGCCCGUUCCACAGAUGAUUGACGUGUUUAAUUUCCAUUUCAGUGCUGAAACCAACUCAGUGGCUGUAAGUGGGUUAGGAAUAGGAUUUCAAGUGAUUUUGCAAAAAUGGCCAAAAAAGCGAAUAGCCUACCAUACCCUUUAAUACGAUGAUGAAGCUGUACAUGCUGCCCACUGCAGUCUUCUGAUGAGUGUCUGUUAUGUCGAAACAUAGGCCUAUGUCUUCCUCGCCGUUCCUGUGAUGGUUGUGGGUAUUUCAAGCGGGGUCUCAAGGCAUAGGGAGGAAAAGUAAUCUCAUCACCAUCUAGUGGUUGCGUUCCUAGAGGCUAGCGGGAGUGGAUGGGAUUUUCUUUUAGAAAAAAUAUAUCUCGGCCCACGAUGGGAACUUAGUUAAAUGCCUUCAAUAUGCUAUGCAUUUAGAUCAGCUCUAUUACUUCUAGUGGUCAUACUUUAUUUUUUAGGAUCAGUUUAAUUGUUUUGAGUUUGUUUGUAGCAUGGUGAUAACGAACUACAGUAGCUACAGUAGCAUUUGAAGUCACCAGUUUGGGCGCUUCAUCUCCAACUGAUCAAAACGGCAAUUUAUAACUGGCUUUACAUAUUUUUUUAACAACAGAGAGCGAUGUAAACCGUGUGGUAAUUACCUUUAUGUUGGGAUAACUUGUGUUGUGCUCCUACUCACACAAGAGCUGGCAGUAAGUGUGAUUGUCUACUAACUAACCAACUAUCUAACAGGCUAAUAAACAAACCAUGCUAGGUGAGUAACGUCAGAGCCCAUUUAUGGAGAGCCGGUCCACUUGCUAUUAACUCCAUUGUACCUGCAUUGUACCUGCAGUACCUGCUGCAGUUCCACUAGGGGCGAUCACGAGCAAGUGAUCUAACAAUGGGGGUCUAUGGGGCUAGACGGCUAAAUUGGUCUGUUUCACCUGAUUAUCAUUAAAAAUCGAAGAUUGGAUUUUAGUUUCUGCAAGCUCAAUAUGGGUUAUAGGUCGAAAGUUGAAUGAACAAUUACUUAUGGCCCUUUGGUUUCUCACAGGCUUGGUCAUUGUUGCCCAUAACACACUAGCACCCUGCUAAUGAAUGACGUCAUUGACACAUAUGAAAGGCUUUUUAGAGCAAGUAAGGGACAUAAAAAAUCUAAUACUCAGCCGUGUGUAUUUUCCUUGACCCCCCUUUCACAUGCAAUAUUCCAAUUUAUACAACAAUUGGGUUCUAAGAAGCUGUUUCUUUGUUUCUGAUUGGCCGAGAGACGUUCCAUGCGUUGAAAUAUCCCACGAUAAUCCACUCGGACUUUUCACAGCUAAUAAUAAAUCACUCCGCGAUACAAUGUCAAGUUGUGAAGUGUAAAACGAACUGUAACGUUGCAUCCAAGCUGAAAUACAGACGCUCAGAACAUAGAAUAUGACGGAGGUGGAUAUUAGCUAGUUGGAUGGCAUGUAGGCUAAGUAAAAUAGUGAUGUUUCAAAGCUAAAAACAUGUCCUAACUAGGGAUGGCGAAAACUAAACAUUUUCUUGACCGACCACCGAGGCUCAUUAGACGGUUGAAACCGGUUAACCGAUUCGUUUAAAAUAAAUUAGCCUAUGCUAUUUGAAAUAACAGCCACGCAAUUUCCCAACUCUCAUCUCUCUGUCCUACGCUCAUACACACAGCCCCGGCGCCGCCCUUUCACUCACGUCACUUUUUUAAAUCCUACAGCGCCAAUGAGUCCUGCAAACCAAGGAGCUUGUAAAUGGAGGACAAAUGGUUCCUUUGCUCCGAAAAUGGUUUGGGUACAAGGUGAUCGCGUUGCAAAUAAAGGCGUUUGUCUAGCGUUAGAAGCUUGAAGCUGAAAUGGCUGAAACGGCUCACUUAUGAAAAUGACAGCUCCGAAGAGACGCAGCUUAGUUUGAGGAAGUGCUAACAACAAUAACGAAAGAUGAUCAUUACCUUAUCUGUUACCAUUGAUGACCCUUCCUGAAAUGUAGAUGUAAUGUCUUUCCAAAUCUAAGCCCAUUUUAUGCGGAAAGUUGCCUAGACUGCAACAUGAUAAAACCAAUGGAUAAAACGGCACACUUCCAGAUUGCAAAAGACGCACCGGCCACCGCUGUGACCUCGUGCCAAAUGUUUUUAUUGGUUUAUUAGGUAGCCUAGCCUACAAGCAGGCGUUAUGAAAAAUUGAGUGAGAGGGAUCAUUUGUUAACCUCACGCAAAAAAGAUCUUCUUGGAAUGAGAUGGCUAGCUGUAGUAGCGUUUAGUCCACUGUCUUUAGCCUAAUUUAAAGAUGCCUCUUUUUUUUUGUUUAACCGACUAGCGACAACUUUGGUCGGCUAACGUGGAUACGGUCAACCAUCGGUCAAACAGUCACCGGUUAACAUCCCUAGUCCUAACCAGACGCAAUGCGAGCUAACAUUUAUUGCUUGACAACGGGAGAGAUAGAACUAACGACUGGCUUUUGGCCAUAGCAACGUGCUUUUAGAACUAACGACUGGCCUUUGGCCAUAGCAACCAUCCAUUUAGAACUAGUAACGGCAGUUUGUCCUGCAAGUAAUAGAAAUUUGUGGCGGAGAGAAGUAGUUCUACAAACAAGACAGUUUUAGCGAUUUAAACGUUUACAUUAUAAUGGGAAAUUAGCGCAAAAAACAAGUGGUAGAAUUGUUGUGUAAAAGCAAUAUAGCACUCGUGGUCGUGGGUUGUUGCUGGAUAUUCCCACGGGUGUUGUUGCCUGCGCCACUCGGCCUCCGGCCUCGAGGCUACUGUCGAACAACACCUGUGGGAAUAUCCAGCAACAACCCACUCCCACUCGUGCUAUAUUGCUUAAUUCUACACAAAAAAUUAUAUCCAGAGUAAAGUAGAUUUUAGGAGAAACUCCAUUCACCUCCAUUCACCUCCAUUCAUUCUCCACUUGCUCGCGAUCGCCCUCUAGUUGCAGUACCAUGCGGAAGUAUUCAGCGAGUGGUCGUUCUCCCCUUAUUAGACAUUCUCUGGUAACGUCCAAGGGGGCAGCGCACGUUCUGAGAGUGUAGACAGUAUGGCGGCCGCCAUGCUAAAAAGUAGACCAGUGCUAGUUAGCCAUUCCAUUGAAUCCAAUGGGGCGUAAGCGCCACUUUUGACAUCAAAUUACGUUACAGCUGAAGCGUUUUAAGCCUUUAUAUGAACAUUUUCUAUUGUCGGAGUACUUACUACAUUGUGAAAUUGACAUCAUAAUCUCGUAACUGUCUUAUCGGCUGAGUAAUAAAUGUUUUCCGAAAUCAAUGCUAAAGUGUUAAUGCGCAUGCGUCCAGAGAGAGUAAAGCGUCGCCAUAGGUCAGACUCGGUCAGACUACGUGCCUACGUCACAUGUACGACACCUGAGCCUGCGCAGAAGACCUAUGACGUUUUACUUUUUUUUUUUUAAAUAAGGCGAAAUAGGGUCUGAUAUUUUCACAGUUAGAUUAUUACAGUAUGCAGACUGAAAAAUAUUUUUGGUGGAUAAGAUCGCUGGUAUAGCUGCAUAGUAUUUAUUUGAAAAGUCGGUCUAUGGGACUUAACAUUGGAGCUGCUCUUCGAUAGGAACGCAACCGCUUGGGGCGCUGGUUUUCACUUUCCCUCCCUAUAUCUGUUCAACAUGCACUUAGUUAAGUAAACUUUUCUUAUGAGUUAUGGUUUGUAUAUAAUAGAAUUUGUUUGGUCAUUAUGCUAUUGAUUUGAAUGAAAUGUACAGUACAAUAUUGUUUCAUUAUUGCUGUUCUUUAUUUCCAUUGUUUAUUUUCAUUAACCUACUGCUGGAUUGACAUUAUUGUUUAUUAUUGCCAUUCUCCUUAAUGUAGUCUUUUUUUAAUAUUUGAAUUUACAGUUAAAUUUUAAUGUUGUACUGUUUUUAUUUAUGUCACCUUGAACAAAAGUUUCUGCCAAAGCCCAUAACUAUGACCAUAAACCUGGGUCUUAAAAUUAGCAGCAUCAUCAUGGGUAAAUCUGGUAGACAGUAUCUAGAUACUUUACUAUACUACUGUAGAUAUAGGUUUAUAUUAUAGUAAUUCUGUAGUUGAUUAGACACUUGAGCACAGCGAAUUUCAUUACCUAUAAAUGCUUUUGUACAUGACAAUAAACUUUGAACUUUGA